AUGAAUUGUCAAAAACUCAAGGGUGUCACCGAACUUCGCAAGGGAUGCUCUUCGGAGUCAUCGCUCAAGGCGGCAUCUCGGCACUUCGAUCUCUUCCUUGAAGAGGUAAUUUUGUCCGGCACCAUUGGCGGAAAAGAGAAGCAGCAGCUCUUUCCAAUAAGAAGCGUCAAUAACAGCACAGAUAGCAACAACAUUGAUAACAGCAAAAGAUUGGAUGGUGAUGCGCAGACGCAGUACUCGUUCAAAACCAUCGCCGUGGAAAAGAUCAACGACAAACUGCUGAAUCUCUUUGCUGGAUAUUUGACAAGGGCCGAAAAACUCCGUGGGAAUAAGAACGAAACGCAGGACAAUUUCUCGGAUGGCAACGGAAUUUCGUACAACACGGCAGAACGAUACCUGAGCUCCAUUAAGAACGAGAUUCUUCGUCGUUGCCUUGAUUUGGGGCUAAAGAGAUCUUUCGACGAUGCGCAACAAACGCGAAUUCGCCAGUCCAUGACAAGACGUUUUGUUGAAAGAGCCGUCCGGAACAAGACGCCUCUGGCCAGAUCUCAUGUCACAGCUGCUCGGAACGACUUUCUUGUAAUUGCGUUGUUAUGUAUCUGGGACGGUUCUUUUCCGAUGGCGGAUAUGUUAUUUUAUCUUUUGACGCUCCGAUACUUAGCCGGCCGGGGCCAGGAAGUGGCCAUGAUAUCACGGUCUAGAGUUUCUCUUGGAGAGCCAUCAGAAUGGGCCGAUAGUGGUGACAAGACCUUUGUUGUGAGGCUGUGGAGGUCGAAAGUCAGCCACGAGCAGGAUCUUUCUAUUGUUCCUCACCAAAGUGAAAUGUUGCUUGAUUGGGUGUUUGCAUUUGCCUAUAGUGCUGUGAUGAAUACCAACCCAAACGACUCGUUGUUCCCGACCUUUGCCGAAAAAGUGGAGUUGCGCAAUUUAUCAGCUGGAAACAUCAAUGAUGAAGAAAUUGGAAAUGAGACUACCCAAGAUAGUACUUUGAAAGCAAAGGUAGAUUCCAGCAAAAAAGUCACCAAGUACUUUCAAGCACUUUUGGAGCGACUAAUUAAGACAAGCGAGGAGCUUGUAGGUCCGAACGAAAUGGCUAGAGCUGCCGGUUUGUAUCAGGAUGAUGAAGAUUUUAGCGAGGAAUUUGAUGGCAGCAGCUGCGUCGGUACAACUAGUGUCAACAAUGAGCCAGGAAUAUUCAAUCUGACAGGAGAAGAAGAAACGGUUGGAUUGGAUCCCCCAGCCAAUGCUGCCUAUUACUAUAGCGGUUUGCUUCAUAAACACGGCAUUUCAGCCGGACUCUCAACACAUUCGGCUAAGCGCUCUGCAGUCGAAAUGGCAAAUGAAAGUGCUCUAUUGCUCACAACAUGGGUAUGCUUCCGGGCAGGAUGGCUGAUGAAAGCAGUGCAUACUAUUUUUGAUUACCUAUCAUUUAAUCCGAAAAAUGAUCGACAAGUUUCGAGGGUGUUCAGCGAAUGGAAUACGCCAUCUUUUCGUGGUGAGAUACUAGGUGGGCGUCCUCCAAGACUCCAUCCCAUUCGACUUCAGGGAUUUAAAGAAGCAGAGAAGGUUCGUUGUUUUGUUGCUGCACUAUUUGUGAACUACGAAGACAAAGGCAUAGACUCCAAUAUAUUUUGCACCAUUGACGAUCGGAAAAAUCGACUUCGUGAGUUACGAAAUCUGUAUGAUCUCUUGACGGCAACUAUUCUCCGUUAUCUGCCCAAGUUUGUCAAAGUCCUUCAAGAACAUCCAAAUCCGUCUCACCCAUUCCGACAAGGUCAACGCACUUGUAUCGAAAAGCACCCGUUUCUGUUACGAAUCCUUAAGGCAAGUCAAACAGCAGGCAUCUUGUGGGAUGAGUUGAAAGCAUGGAGUACUUUGGUUCAGAAAGACUUUCUCGAGAGAAAUUUUGAGUCAGCAAGCUGGUCUGAGAUGCUAGAGGUUGUCGGGGAGGAGCAAUUUUCUGCGGAUCCUAGGACACUGGGAGGCUACAUGGAAACAACGAAUCGGACUAUGAAUACUAUUCAACUGGGACAGAGCAGGAUGCUGGAGACUACAAGCAUUCAUGAUGCCCGACUUAAGGAGCUAACUACCACUGUCAGCAUACAAGGGCAAGCAAUUGAGGAAUGCAGGCAAGCGCUUGCAGAGAUAAAGACAUUGCUAAAAGAGGCUCUGGGGAAACCAGAUAUCCUUAUCCCUGCCAUCAAUCAGGGUCAGGAACAACUACCCAUCAAUCCUUCUGCAGCAGAAAGAAUGCUAGAAAUAGACCAGCAGGUACUCCCAGUGUAUUCUCUUCCCGAGAAGCUCAAGGAUAUGGACCUCACGGAUUUAUUUCAGCAAUGGCAUUUUCAACAGUGGCAUUUGCAGAUGUAUAGCGGUGGAACCAAACAGAGGGGCAUUUCGAGUCAAAUUCGCUUUGGAAUGGAGUACUUUUCUCUGUUCCUUCCGGCACAGGUACCUCCGUUGCCUACAGGUACAGUCAAUCCAAUGGAAUUACUUGCGGAACCGUGGCGGCGGCAGAUCCGUUUCCUUGCUAACAAAGCCUUUGAAGCAAUGGCUGACUUCUUUGAGACCAAGGGUUUGAAGGUACCAAAGUCUUUGACGCCGUUCAAGAAAGCAAUGUUUCUAAUUGAUGCCAGCGAGUGGCCAAAAGGGCCACAGGAUCCGUCACCAUUCCCCAUUCUUAGUAAAAAAGGCAAGAAGGAGGAACUUCGCAACUACGAUUGUCUGCAAAAGUCACAGGAAAAAGAAAAGUUAAAGGUCCAGAACCGCCUUCAGAAGAGGGGCUCCGCGACCAAACAAACACUUCCAGUUGUUGUUGACACUACUUAA